CGCCUGGUGUAACUCACACCUGAGGAAGGCCGGCACGCAGAUCGAGAACAUCGAGGAGGACUUCCGGAAUGGCCUCAAGCUCAUGCUGCUUCUGGAGGUCAUCUCAGGGGAACGGCUGCCCAAGCCUGAUAGGGGCAAAAUGCGGUUCCAUAAGAUCGCCAACGUCAACAAGGCUCUGGAUUACAUAGCCAGCAAGGGCGUGAAGCUGGUGUCCAUCGGGGCCGAAGAGAUCGUGGACGGCAACGUGAAGAUGACCCUGGGCAUGAUCUGGACCAUCAUCCUCCGCUUCGCCAUCCAGGACAUUUCUGUUGAAGAAACGUCUGCCAAGGAAGGGCUGCUGCUAUGGUGCCAGCGGAAGACCGCGCCGUACCGGAACGUGAACAUCCAGAACUUCCACACCAGCUGGAAAGACGGCCUGGGGCUCUGCGCCCUCAUCCACAGACACCGGCCCGACCUCAUCGACUACUCGAAGCUCAACAAGGAUGACCCUAUAGGAAAUAUUAACCUGGCCAUGGAAAUCGCAGAGAAACACCUGGACAUUCCCAAAAUGCUGGAUGCUGAAGACAUUGUGAACACACCCAAACCCGACGAGAGAGCCAUCAUGACGUACGUGUCCUGCUUCUACCACGCUUUUGCGGGCGCGGAGCAGGCCGAGACGGCAGCUAACAGGAUAUGUAAGGUUCUUGCUGUGAAUCAAGAGAAUGAGAGACUGAUGGAAGAAUAUGAGAGGCUAGCAAGUGAGCUUUUGGAAUGGAUUCGUCGUACGAUCCCUUGGCUGGAGAACCGGACCCCCGAGAAGACCAUGCAGGCCAUGCAGAAGAAGCUGGAGGACUUCCGGGACUACCGGCGGAAGCACAAGCCCCCCAAGGUGCAGGAGAAGUGCCAGCUGGAGAUCAACUUCAACACGCUGCAGACCAAGCUGCGCAUCAGCAACCGGCCCGCCUUCAUGCCCUCCGAGGGCAAGAUGGUGUCGGACAUCGCCGGCGCCUGGCAGAGGCUGGAGCAGGCCGAGAAGGGCUACGAGGAGUGGCUGCUCAAUGAGAUCCGGAGGCUGGAGCGGCUGGAGCACCUGGCCGAGAAGUUCCGGCAGAAGGCUACCACCCAUGAGGCCUGGGCCUACGGCAAAGAGCAGAUCUUGCUGCAGAAGGACUAUGAGUCGGCCUCGCUGACGGAGGUGCGGGCCCUGCUGCGGAAGCACGAGGCCUUCGAGAGUGACCUGGCCGCGCACCAGGACCGCGUGGAGCAGAUCGCCGCCAUUGCCCAGGAGCUCAAUGAGCUGGACUACCACGACGCCGUGAAUGUCAACGAUCGGUGCCAGAGAAUCUGUGACCAGUGGGACAGGCUGGGGACGCUCACUCAGAAGAGGAGAGAGGCCUUGGAGAGAACUGAGAAGUUGCUGGAAACCAUUGACCAGCUCCACCUGGAGUUUGCCAAGAGGGCGGCACCUUUCAACAACUGGAUGGAGGGUGCCAUGGAGGACCUGCAGGACAUGUUCAUCGUGCACAGCAUCGAGGAGAUCCAGAGUCUGAUCACCGCCCACGAGCAGUUCAAGGCCACGCUGCCCGAGGCGGACAGCGAGCGCCAGUCCAUCUUGGCCAUCCAGAACGAGGUGGAGAAGGUGAUCCAGAGCUACAGCAUCCGGGUCAGCUCGAGCAACCCGUACAGCACGGUCACCAUGGACGAGAUCCGCACCAAGUGGGACAAGGUGAAGCAGCUGGUGCCCAUCCGCGACCAGUCCCUGCAGGAGGAGCUGGCCCGCCAGCACGCCAAUGAACGCCUGCGGCGCCAGUUUGCUGCACAAGCCAAUGCCAUCGGGCCCUGGAUCCAGAGCAAGAUGGAGGAGAUUGCCCGGAGCUCCAUGCAGAUCACCGGGGCCCUGGAGGACCAGAUGAACCAGCUGAAGCAGCAUGAGCACAGCAUUGUCAACUACAAGAGCAACAUCGACAAGUUGGAGGGCGACCACCAGCUCAUCCAGGAGGCCCUGGUCUUCGACAACAAGCACACCAGCUACACGAUGGAGCACAUCCGUGUGGGCUGGGAGCUGCUGCUGACCACCAUCGCCAGGACCAUCAACGAGGUGGAGACCCAGAUCCUGACGAGAGACGCCAAGGGCAUCACCCAGGAGCAGAUGAACGAGUUCAGAGCCUCCUUCAACCACUUUGACAGGAGGAAGAACGGCCUGAUGGAUCACGAGGACUUCAGAGCCUGCCUGAUCUCCAUGGGUUACGAUUUGGGUGAAGCUGAAUUUGCCCGCAUCAUGACCCUGGUUGACCCCAACGGCCAAGGCACAGUCACCUUCCAGUCCUUCAUUGACUUCAUGACCAGGGAGACGGCCGACACCGACACUGCCGAGCAGGUCAUCGCCUCCUUCCGCAUCCUGGCGUCUGACAAGCCGUACAUCCUGGCGGAGGAGCUGCGUCGGGAGCUGCCCCCAGAUCAGGCCCAGUACUGCAUCAAGAGGAUGCCUGCCUACUCGGGCCCAGGCAGCGUGCCGGGUGCCUUGGAUUACACCGCUUUCUCCUCUGCGCUCUAUGGCGAGAGCGACCUGUGAUGCCAGGCUCUGUAACCCUUGACCCGCUCAGAAUGCAAUAAAAGCUAAAGUCAGUCUGUUUCCUGGAAACGUUGACAAGCUUCAUUAGUUGAGGAUAUUGUGGCUUGCUAUUCGCAGCAGCGUACCAUGAAUGAAAUGAAACUCUGCAGUUAUGACAUCGCGUGCUUCAUAAAUAGGUUAAUCUCUGAAUUUCUAGCUAAGUGUAAUGAAAUAUAGGCUGGUUUGUUUAUUUGAUUUAACAAAGCAAAUUUCUGGAAUAGUAUAAGGUUAGGGGGGCCUAGGAUCAGAAAGAAGGUGAAAAAAAU